CCGGCGGACAACGGACAACCAGCUACUCAGCAGCCGUUGGAAACAAAACCUGAGUCUAAAGCAAGUUCUCAUGUAACCAGGUUAAACCCUAGCUACAUUGUAGUUCCUCACAUAGGCGAACACCUCCAUCCAGUUUUUGCUGUUUACUGUUUUGACCUAGAGGCUGAAGAGGUUUGUGGUGAAGAUGGGAGUGCCAAAAUUUUACCGCUGGAUUUCGGAACGCUACCCUUGUCUCAGUGAAGUUGUCAAGGAACAUCAGAUUCCAGAGUUUGACAACUUCUAUCUGGACAUGAACGGCAUCAUCCACCAGUGUUCUCACCCAAACGAUGAGGAUGUCCACUUUCGCAUUUCUGAGGAAAAGAUUUUUGCAGACAUCUUCCAUUACCUGGAGGUGCUCUUCAGGAUCAUCAAGCCUCGCAAGGUUUUCUUCAUGGCGGUGGAUGGUGUGGCGCCAAGGGCGAAGAUGAACCAGCAGAGAGGACGUAGAUUCAGGUCCGCCAAAGAAGCAGAGGAAAAGAUAAAAAAAGCUUUGGAUAAAGGAGAGGUGCUUCCCACAGAGGCUCGCUUCGACUCCAACUGCAUCACUCCUGGCACUGAGUUCAUGGCGCGACUUCAGGAACAGCUCAAGUAUUUCGUCCACAACAAGCUCUCCAAUGACAAGCUAUGGGAGAAUGUCAAAGUGUACUUGUCCGGUCACGAGACACCAGGGGAGGGGGAACACAAAAUCAUGGAGUUUAUUCGGUCAGAGAACACCAAGCCCAAUCAUGACCCCAACACGCGACACUGCCUGUACGGCCUGGAUGCUGACCUGAUUAUGUUGGGUUUGACCAGCCACGAGCCAAACUUCGCUCUGCUCAGGGAGGAAGUCCGCUUUGGAGGGAAGAAAUCCCAGAAGAGGAUAACAGCUCCAGAGGAGACCACUUUUCACUUGCUUCACUUGUCUCUGAUGAGAGAGUAUAUCGACUACGAGUUCUCUGAGCUCAAGAAUAAGAUGGGUUCCGAUUAUGACCUGGAGCGAGUAAUAGAUGACUGGAUUCUAAUGGGUUUCCUGGUAGGAAACGAUUUCAUCCCUCACCUCCCCAACCUUCACAUCAAUCAUGACGCUCUACCGUUGCUGUACAAGACGUACAUGAGUGUACUACCAAGCCUGGGGGGUUAUCUGAAUGAGAACGGUCACUUAAACCUCAGAAACUUUGAGAAAUACCUGGAGAAGCUUGCUGAGUUUGACCGGGAACAUUUUAAUGAGGUCUUUGUGGAUUUGAAGUGGUUUGAAAGCAAAGUUGGUAACAAAUAUCUGAAUGAAGCUGCUGGACUGGCAGCUGAGAAGGAAGCUGCCAGCAAAGACGCCAGAAAGAACGAGGAUUCUGCUCUCUGUCUGGCUUCCCUGACUACAUCAGAGAAAGUCACCGGAGAGGAAAAAGCAGCAGCGGCAGCAGAUGAUGAAGAGGAGGAGGAUGAUAUCUUUGAAACAGAGUUCAGACAGUACAAACGCACAUACUACAUGAGCAAGAUCGGCGUGGACGUGGUGUCUGAUGAGUUUCUAGCCAACCAAGCCAAGUGUUAUGUGGAAGGUAUCCAGUGGAUUCUCCACUACUAUUACCAUGGAGUUCAGUCCUGGAGCUGGUACUACCCCUACCACUACGCUCCCUACCUGUCAGACAUCAGGAAUGUAUCUGGGUUAAAGCUGACCUUUGAGCAUGGACAGCCCUUCAUGCCCUUCCAGCAGCUGUUGGCAGUCCUGCCUGCUGCCAGCAUGGAACUGCUGCCCGAGUGUUACAGGCAUCUGAUGACUAGUGAAAGUUCAGCUAUUAUUGAGUACUACCCUCUUGACUUUAAAACUGACCUGAAUGGCAAGCAGCAGGAGUGGGAGGCUGUGGUGCUCAUUCCAUUCAUAGAUGAGAGGUGCUUAUUAGCAGCCAUGGAGGCCUGCAACAGGAAGCUGACAAAAGAAGAGAAGGCCAGGAACUGCCACACAGAGUGUGCCGUCUACUCGUACGACAGGGAAAUGGACUUCGCCUACGCCUCCCCCCUGCCUCAACUGUUCCCCGACAUCGUCCACUGCCACGUCAGGACAGCGCACAUCCCCAUGGAUGCUUGGCAAGUUUCAUUAGAUCACGUCAGCAAGCCCGUUGACCGCUCAGCUCUGUACUUCUGUGGCUUUCCCACCUUACAACACAUCAAACACAAGUUUUACAAGAAGAAAGGCGGGGUGGUCGUGUUCCAGCAGAGUAGCAGAGGGGAGAACAUGUUGCUGGAUAUCCUCCCCAACCAGGAAGGGGAAACGACAUGUGAUGAUGUUGCUGCACAAGUUCUGGGAAAGUCUGUGUUUGUCAACUGGCCUCAUCUAGAGGAAGCUCGCAUCAUUGCAGUGUCAGACGGAGAAACGAAAUUUUAUCUUGAGGAACCACCGGGUGUCCAAAGAGUGUAUGACAGGCCGAGCACUCCUCCUCCCGCCAAAGUCACCUGUCUGUCUGACAAGGAGCAGAAGGACUGGAUUAAGGAUGUCCAAGGACUCACUGAAUAUUAUUUGAAGAGGAAAGGCAUCGUGAUAAAUGAGACGGAGGUGGUUUUAUACGGCCAACUGCUGACUGGAAGAAAAUACGUUCCCAAAGCCAAUGGUGUGGUGGAACUGGAGAAACAGUGGGCCAAACAGGUCCUCCCCUUUGCCUACCAGGCGGUUGUUAAGGAUAUCAAAGCCUUCUGCUCAUCUCUGGCCUGCUUCAAGAGCUUAGAUGAGCUCUUUCCUCCAACAACAACCGUCUUCAUGGUGGGAAACCCGUACUACGGUGCCAUGGGAGAGGUGCAAGAUUCCCAAGAUGUCAUCAAAGAUGGGCGGAUUCGAGUGGUCUUCAGUGUGCCACAUGAGCCACAGCUGGAGCCCUUAAUCCAGAACCAACACAAAUACAGCGUGAAAUACAGUCCUGGAUACGUUCUGGCCUCUCGUCUCGGCAUCACCGGUUACCUCGUCUCCCGCUUCUCUGGAAGCAUCUUCAUUGGUAGAGGCUCUAAGAAGAAUCCCUGUGGGGAGCAAAGAGCUAACGUUGGCCUGAACCUCAAGUUCAACAAGAAGAACGAGGAAGUUCCCGGAUACACCAAGAGAACUGAAAAAGAGUGGCUCUACUCUGCUGCUGUGGAGGAGCUGCUGGCUGAAUACCUGGACAGAUUUUCAGAGGUGUUCAACAACGUGGCCAGAAACAGUCACGAUGAUGUUUUCUAUGAAGAUGACAUUUGGCCUGGAGAAGACCAGAAUGGGGCAGAGAAGGUAGCAGAAAUCACUUCAUGGUUAAAAAGUCACCCAGUCAGCUCCAUCAGCAGGGCAUCCUGUGACCUCCAAGUGCUGGAUGUUGCAAUCGUGGAGAGGAUCGAGGAAGCAGUGGAGAAGACCAAGGUGAAGAAGAGCACCAAGAAAGUCCGCGUCACAGUCAAGCCUCACCUCCUCUUCAGGCCCUUGGAGCAGCAGCAGGGUGUAGUUCCAGACCCAGACGCGGAAUAUCGUCUGUUUGACAGAGUCAUCAACAUCAGGGAGAGCUUCACCGUCCCGCUGGGACUCAGAGGGACAAUCAUUGGCAUUAAAGGAGCGGAGCGCGAGGCAGAGGUUCUCUAUGAAGUGCUGUUUGAUGAAGAAUUUGCUGGAGGUCUCAACAUCAGGUGUACGUCUUCUCGUUGUUACCGCCUCCCUCCCUGCGCCCUGAUCAACCUUUCCCACGGAGCCCGGGUUGAUCACACUGGCCACAAACUCACCGCCAUCGUCAAACCGCAGCCUGCCACUGGCGGCAACCUCAGCUCAUACCGGCAGCUGGCAGGCCUGAACCACUCUCCUCGUUCACCUUUUAUCCCCACACAGCAUAACAACAAACAUGGUGUGGCAAAGGCUGCCUCACAGGGCAACAGGAGCUCUCCCUCAAAAGGUCCCAUCCAAAAGCACCAGGUCAGGAACAAAGAGGAGUACAGUAAUGUAUGGCAGUCUCUGCAGAACACAGGGCCUCCUAACAAGCCUCCUGCUCACUGGCACAACAAUGAAGGACAUUCCCAGCAGGGGAAGAACCAACCCGCCAGCAAAUCUACCCCACCUGCUGGCAUCAGACUGUUGAAGAAAAAUGAAGAUGUCAGCUCCUUUAUUCCCUCACACAAUACAGCCAACAAGGCUGAAACACAAUUUGAGGACCUCAUUGCCAAUCUAAAAAUCUCCAAGGGUAACCAGCAAACCCCACCCCCUCCUGCCCCUCCACAAGGAGGUGACAGCCAGCCAGAUGGCCCAUUAUCCCCACAGUCUUUUGCCAUGAAGGGAACCCUGGUGCUGAAGGAGAUGCUUAAAAUUGACAGCACUGGAACAGGAAGUCAAUCUGCUCAAGAGACGUCAAACAGCACCCCCCCUGCUGGCCAGCAGCAGAACAGGAGACGAUCGUCAAAGAAACUCGCUGCAAAAAUAAACGUCCCACACGGCGACGCGCCUGUGUCGCCUUCUCCGGCACCUGCUGCCUCUGCCAACACCCUGCUGGGCAGUAAGGUGUCAGAGCUGGCCUGCAUCUGUGGGGCUUUAGGUAUGGCGCCACCUGACUUCAGCUUCAUGCGCAACAGACAGGGUCUAGUGCUGUGUCAGGUGAAACUGUCCAACGGGUUGAUGGUUCAUGGCCCACAGUGCCAGUCAGAACACGAUGCCAAGGAGAAAGCUGCUUUCUUUGCACUUCAGAGACUGAACUCACUCGGGUCAGGCUUCCCCCUCCCACCUCCUCUGUACACAGGAGUGGGUCAGAUACGACCUCCCCACAUGGGAGCUGUCUUCAACCAACAAGGUGGUGUGCUGUUGCCCCCACAGGGUUACGGUCCUGCUCCUCUCUGGGGAAUGACGGUGCCUCCUCAGCACCACCAAAACCAGCCAUUCUACGGCCCACCGGGGACUUUCCCUGGGGCUGCGCGCCCCCAGCCUGCAACGACACUGCCCAUUGGCUCACACAACCAGUUCAUCCCCUUACAGGUGACUAAGAAACGAGUGUCGGCAAAUAAAAGGAACCAGGAAACUCGAGAGUUUUACAGUGCUGCCCAAACUGUUGCUAAGAACCAAGCACAGAAACCCCAGAACCAGCCAACUGGCCAAUUGCAAGGUCAGACUGAACCACAGAGCGUUAAAAUCCACCAACAAGCUGUUAACUGCGACCUCUCCUCUGGUGACUCCACGACGACGGCACUGCAUACACCACCUAGGCAAACCAUGCCAGCAACAGGCCACACCCCCAGCUCUGCCUCCAAGAGACGGCAAAGGAAGCUAGCAGUCAACUUUGAGGCAGCUCAAGUCUCAGAAUCAUGAGGUGUGUGUGUGUGUGUGUGUGUGUGUGUGUGUGUGUGUGUGUGUGUGUGUGUGUGAAUGGCUGACUCAGCAUUCCUGAUCAAACUCUCAUCGAUGUGAAAGUCAUUACGGAGCCGAGAGCAGCUUCAGACGAGCCUUUUUAUUUUUCAGCAAUGAAACAUGGAAAUGUGCUUCACUGCUCAACUUGCAGACUCCUCCUCAGGAGUUGAGGUCUGUGCCACAUUAUCGUAGUUCCCCACUAAAGGAGGUUUAUUACAGCUCGUCUUUUUUUUUUAGCACUAACUUUGUACUCGCCCAGUCAGUGCUGAGGCCACAAAACAUUCCAAAGCGACCCCUCAGACUACAGACCACAAGCGAGGUUCUGAUUUUCAUGAUCAUUUAUUAUACUAAAAUUAACUGGUUUUAUCCACGUUACAGCUCUGUGUCCACCUGUCUUGAACCUCAGUCAUGCAGGCCUACAUGCUGGUUAGCUCGGGGAAAGUCACAGCAGCCUGCCGGUGAUCUCUAUGCCUGUUUGCAGCCAAUUUCACUCUGGCAACUGUCAGCAACCACUCACCAAGAGGCUGCAGAAUACACACUUUCCCCGAGCAACCGUCAGCUCCCUGACACAUCUUCUGGGGGCCUUUUCUAACUACUUGUGUUUGUUGCUUUUGUUGGAUGUUGCUCUCAGCAGUGAUUGUGGUGACUACAGUGUUAUGUUAGACAAAAAGAAAUGCCUAAAGUCAUACACACGAACCCCCAAUAGUAAUAGACCGUCAGCUUUGUUCACCUGCUCGAGCAGAGAACAUUAGUGUCUCCACAGGAGCAGAUUUGGAAGCAGUCUUGUGACUACAUUUCAUUUUGAGUGGUUAAGAAAACCUCGUGCUGAAGUGAGACGCUGCCUUAAAAAGGGAAUGAUUUCUUUCUUUCUUUUCCUUUUUUUUUUUUUUUUUUUUGACCAAGAGGACCUUUGACAUAACUCUAAAAACAUGCAUCACUGAGAGCAUUUCAUAUUUCCUUGAGGAGGCAUUAACAGUGAACAGCCUGUAGAGUUGGACUCCUGACGGUCUCAGUCUUCCUUCCCAGCUGAGAGGUUUUCAGACUCCAGGUGUUGCUGGAUGAGACUUCAUGGACUGAAAAAAGACGUCUGAGUGCAGCAGGUUCAACCCUCCUCUGUUAGCAUGGUGUGCAGGUCCCAAUAACAUGUGACGUGGACCUUGUUCUCAGGGACAUGUAGCUGUGGUAGAAGCCCCCAUUGCAUACAUCACAUUUUUAAACAAGUUUAUGCAGAAAUCGGGGCCUUCUAUUGUUGCUACAGCCAUUCAUGCCAUCGUAGAGCAGCUCUAUCCUGUUUGGAAGGGUGAUGUUUUAUUGUUUCUGGGGUUUGGUCAUCGUUGCUCACACACCGCCUUUUAUUUACUUCAGGCUCAUCGUUUUUUUUCUUUUUCCUUUUCUUAAAGACUUUUCAUGCUUUGUUAACAGCACCUAGAAACAAGACGACUAAAUUCACACCACCUGCACAAAUGCAGAACUAUGAGGAAAUCCCAAAUUAUUCGAACACACACACACACACACACACACACACACACACACACACACACUUGCCACUGCAGAGCUGUUUAACACCAGCACAGAUGGUUUCACACACCUACAGAGAGGUUCCUUUUUGCUGUUGGAAAAUGGUCUGAUUCUUCUCUUCGGCUCUGCCGGACCUGCAGGAACGUUCACACUGCUACAGUCAAGAGUUUCCAAAAGCAUCUUAUGCUUAUUAUGGGUGGAUUUUAUCCAGGUUUUAAAAAAAAGAUCUUAACCUGAUUUCUUUUUGAGUCGAAAUUAAAUUUUUUGGAGUGAUCUACUGAAGAUGUUUGAUUAGGGCUGUAUCUCUUGUUUAUAAUAAGGAGCCUGCUAAUUUCUGUGCCAGUUACUAUUGAAAUUCUUUGGUUUACAGUCGCCUUUUUAUCCAACUUUAAUAAUUAUCUGUGCACAGUGUUAAUUUUACACCUUGUGAAUAUGGAAUCUCUUGAAAUUUAUCGAUGUCUUCAUCAAAUAUCUGUUCGACCCACAUUGUAGUGAUUGUUUCAAGGUUUAUUUCACUGUGAUAGUCGUGUUAUUAUUGUAGGAGCUUGCUAUUAACUGUGUAGAGCACAGGCCUCACACAGCUGAUGACAGCUAAGCUUCAGAAUCCUGAUCAGGUGUCCGACCUGAUAUAGUCUCAUUUCAGAGCGGCUUUAUAUCUGUCAGCACAGCCCAAAUAUAAGACAGCAGUAGAGUUAUAAUAGGAAACAUACUCGUCCGUGGAGUGAACCACGUGUCUAAGAUGCUUUUGGAAACAUAGCUCAGCUCCUGGUCGGUGCUUUUCUAAAUCUGAUAUAAAUUCUCAGCUGAGUUAGCCACUUCCACGCAUCACUACAUAGUCACACAUAAAUAAUCUCACCAUUUUUAAAAAGGUUUUUCUUUUUUGAACUAUGGAUUUUACGGACAUCCUUUUUAUAGACGAUCUUGAUUUUUUUUUUUUUUCGACUAUCGCUUCAGUAAUGUUUGUGGUAAAGCCGCUGUAGAGACAAAUUAAAUUGUACUUACCCAGACCAUGUUUUGUAUUCAACCGGUCCUUGUUUUGACACCCUCAUAGCCACCUUGGGACUGAAGUGUGUAAGGGUCUGGUGCAAUAAGGGGGGGUUAAAACUCUUUUUGGAAAUUGAAGCACACCUGUUUGUUUGUUUGUUUGUUUGUUUCUUUUUGUCCUUUGUUGUUGUUUU